AUGACGUCGCAUGGCCAUGGCGAAUCACACGGCGGGCAUGCUCACGGACACAGCCAUGGACACGGCCACGGAGACGGCAAAGAUUUGGAGCAGCCGUUGCUCGGCAAAGUUGAGAAGACUAUCAACGCGGACGAAAUUAAGUUGAAACGGGCGGUAUAUUUCGCGCUGUUCUUCAUGUUCGUCGAGAUUUUCGGGGGCAUCGCAGCGAGCUCGCUGGCCAUAAUCACCGACGCGGCCCACAUGCUAUCAGACGUCGGUGGAUUUAUUGUUUCGUUGUUGGCGUUGCAGUUGUCCACCCAGGCCGCGACUGCGGAGUAUACCUACGGUUUCAAGCAGGCGGAACCCAUGGGCGCAUUGCUGUCCAUAGCCAUUGUCUGGGCGCUCACGGCCGUGCUGCUCUGGGAAGCGUUCGGCCGGUUUAUGACCUUGACGGAAGUGGACGCGCCGAUGAUGUUCGUCAUCAGCGUAAUCGGUUUUUUCGUGAACAUCGUCCUCAUGAUGGUGUUGGGGCACGGGCACGGGCACGGCGACGGCGAUGACCACGGCCAUGGCCACGGCGGCCACGGCCACGCCGACCAUGGAAGUCACGGCGGCCACGGCGGACACGAUGACCACGGAGGCGCUGAGGGCGAUAGUGGCAGCGUGGCCGUGCAGGCUGCCGUGGCCCACGUCAUCGGUGAUAUCUUGCAGUCACUCGGCGUCUGUAUGGCUGCCGGCCUCAUGUGGUGGCAGCCGUUCGACGUGGGCGUCGCGUCCACUGGCGUCAGCCGUUGGAACUACGCUGACCCUCUCUGCACGGUGCUCUUCGGAUUCCUCGUUCUGAUGACAACCAAGGGCACGCUGAAACGCACGAUAGCCAUUCUCAUGGGAAAGGCGCCAGGCAACAAGCAGCGGGAGAUGUUCCAGGUGUUGUCUGCUAUCGAAGGAGUGGUGCAGAUUCACGAUCUGCACGUCUGGUCCCACGGGUCCUCCGACCUCCUCUGCACAGCCCACAUAGUAGUGUCCAGCGCGGAGCACUCACACACGGUUUUGCGGCAGGCGGUGACGGAGUCGAAGAAGAAAGGGUUGGGGCACACCACCUUCCAGAUCGAGGUGGACGGGCAGUUCCAGUGCGACGUGCAGUGCGAUGCGGCUUUUCUGGGCGCCGCGCCCAGGAAGGACGCUGGGCAUGGGCACGACCACGGGGGCCACGACGCCGGCCAUGCUGUGGGCCAUAGCGGCGACUGCUGCGGCGGACAUGGGCAUGACGACGGGCCCGCCCACGCUGGCCACGAUGCAGGCCAUGCAGCGGGCCACGCGCACGAUGCUGGUCAUUCACACGGCGGGGGUGGGCACGGGCACUGA